AUGCAAAUCUUGAAGAUACCCUGGCUAGGGCACAAAGCUGAAAAUAAAAAAGUGGAAUGUUAUACAGUUACUAUCAAUUCACAAGGAACCCGACUAGCAUCAGGCGGUCUUGAUGGUUGUAUCAAGAUUUGGGACACCAAUACUAUCAAUCUGUUUUUCAGAAUCCUGGACAAACCAUACAACAAAAACAAGAAACCGCAAUCCGGUGCCUCAAGUGCCCCCGGUGCUGAUGUAGAUAAUACGCCAGACUUGCCUGAUAAAUCUCUACGUCGACCACUUUGCUCCAUGUCGAGACACAAUGGUGCUGUCACAUCAUUGAAAUUUUCUCCAGAUGGACGAUGGUUAGCUAGUGGGUCUGAUGAUAAAAUUGUUUUGAUUUGGGAAAAGGAUGAUUCACAAGCACCAGUUACAUUUGGCGUUGAGCAAGCAGAUUUAGAACAUUGGACAGUGAGAAAAAGACUUGUGGCACAUGAUAAUGACAUUCAAGAUAUAUGCUGGUCUCCUGAUGGGAAUUUAUUAGUCACUGUUGGACUUGAUCGAUCAAUUAUAAUAUGGAAUGCAUUGACAUUUGAAAAGAUUAAACGAUACGAUAUUCACCAAUCAAUGGUUAAAGGAAUUGUGUUUGAUCCUGCCAAUAAGUUUUUUGCCACUGCUUCCGACGAUAGAACUGUUCGAAUAUUUCGUUAUUACAAGAAAAUGAAUGAGUACAACAACUAUGAGUUUCAAAUGGAGCAUAUUGUCAUUGACCCGUUGAGAAAGUCACCAUUGACUUCGUAUUUCAGAAGAAUGAGUUGGUCGCCAGAUGGUCAACAUCUUGCCGUACCUAAUGCCACCAAUGGACCCGUUCCUUCAGUGGCGAUUGUAAAUAGAGGUAACUGGGGGUCAGAUGUGUCAUUAAUUGGGCACGAGGCGCCAGUUGAAGUGUGUUCAUUUUCACCACGGCUUUUCCAGAUUGAUGCAGAACAGAAUAAAGAUGAACCUAAAUUUCAAACCGUAUUGGCUACUGGUGGCCAAGACCGUACAUUGGCCAUAUGGUCUACAUCUAAUUCUAAACCCAUAGUUGUGUGUCAAGAUAUUGUUGAUAGUUCAAUUACUGAUAUAUGCUGGGCUCCAAAUGGUGAGACUCUUUACUUUAGUUGUUUGGAUGGAUCGGUCACAUGCGUUAGCUUUAAUAAAGGAGAGUUGGGCCAGGUUGUCAGUGAGGAACUAAUAGAUCAACAGUUGAAUAGAUAUGGUGCUGAUAGGGAAUCAACAAUUUUACCUGAAAGUGUUGAGCAGUUACGGUUGGAGGAAAAUUCGACAGAAGCUAGGGCAAUUGCCAUUAGGAAAAUGAUGCCCAUGGAAACAGUCACUGGCCAAUUUGAAAAGUUGGACAAAAGUCAUGGUGCUGAUCCAGCAAAAGCAAAGCCUGCAGGAACGUCACCACCAGCACCACCACUAACACCAGUUGUUAAAAUUGAUGCGUCCAGGCUACGCAAACAAGCUGUUUCAAUGACUAAAACCGGUAAAAAGAGGGUGACACCUUUGCUUGUGUCGUCUUCGUCUUCGUCGUCGUCGUCGACUAACGUGACUCCAACCAAGACAAUUGUCCAGACCGAAUCCAAGAAAAGGAAGUUGCACUCUAAUUCAAAACUAUCACAGUCGAAUUAUGUGUUACCUCGACGCGGGUUUCAAACUUGCGUUUCUGGAUUCAAAGAACGAGACUCCUUAUCUACCUUGGAGCCAGAACAAGAUGAAAAUAAUGAUAAUUUGGACAUUGGUGGUGUUAAUGCAUUAGAGGAAGAAAUAAAUACACCACAACUUUCAGAAGCAGCUUUGAGAAGACACAAGAAUCGUCAAAAACGAAAAUGGUUAGAAGCAAAGUACCCUCAUUCAUUUAAGCAAGUGUCGCAUUUGCCAGACUCCUUAUUUGUAAACAAUUCUUUACAAAAUAUUUCAAUCAACAGAAUCUAUAAAGCAUAUGCUAAUAAUAAAGAAAUCCUGGCGGAGCUAUCUAGAGGAUCAGCCAUAGAUUUUGAUGAAGACUUGAUGUUUUCUGUGGUUGUUAAUAAAGCGGUGCAUAACCGAGAAGCUAAUGAUGUUUUGGGUGAAUUGAAGGUGGAGAAGAUUACAACUACUGUUGAAGUUCGAAACGGAAAGCCAUGGCAUGAAAACGCAUUGGAAAAUGAUCGAGAUUUUGAUGAUCCCACUAAAGUGAUUGUCUACAAUGACCGGGAUGGUGAGAAUAGACAAUUUACAUUGUUUUUCCCAUUUAGAAUACAACUGGUCCUUCCUAUCAUCGAUGACGGCCACUUGAAAUAUUUUGUGCUUUGCUCCUUCAAUGGCAGUAUACAGAUUGUUUCAGCCAAAACUGGUCGGUAUAUCUUCCCCACCAUUGAAUUACUUGAAAAUGUGAUUUCCAUGAAAUAUAGCAAUGAAAAGUUGCUUGUUUUAACCAGUUCGGGGCUCUUUUAUGGAUGGGACUUGAAAAUGGGGAAAGUGUACAUGAACAAAGUUUCAAUUGCUACAGUUGUCAAUGCUUUUGAUAUUCGGGAUCGGAAACAUGUGAUCAUGCCCAAUGUCAAAGCAUUGGAGAUGAAUCCCAAUGAUGGGACGCCAUACAUUUUGACUGACUUUUGUAGCGAUGUAUUUGGCUAUUCGUUGGAUUUAGAGUGUUGGACAAAGGUGAUUAAUUCAUGGUAUUUCAAUGUUGGAAAGCAAAAAGUCACGAGUAAUGUUAUAGUGGAAAGGGUGUACACUAGUCUGAGUCUAGAGUUUAAAGAGAGUGUAUUACAGGGGAAUAUUUACAUGUAUAAAUUUGACAAUGAUGCAUCUCGUAUAUUGCGAAACUCAAUGGUGAAUAGAAGCAAGGAGAUGAUGGCGUUGAUUCAGUGA